AUGGCUUCGCGCCUUACACCAGCGACACAGGCCCCGGAUGGCCACAUUAGCAACCUCAUCAAUCCUGCUGGUGUCGGGUUUCGCAUCACCAUCACCAACAUUGUCUGCAUAGUUCUCUUCAUCAUUGUAGUAGUUGUUCGUUUGAUUACGCGAGUAUUUCUUAAUAGAUCAUUUGGUCACGAUGACUGUCUAGGGAGACAUCUCUGGGACGUACCUCUGGAGAACUACUCGCCACACUUUCUUCGCGCCUGGCUUACAGUCGCCGUACUGUACUCGACUCAGGNNGACAUCUCUGUAUCAGAGCACAAAUGCAUCAACCGAACAGCAUUAUAUAUCGCCUACACUGUCAUGAACAGCAUCAGCACAUGGUGGAUAUUACUCAUGCCCAUGCCAAUCGUCUGGAGUCUCGCCCUGAAGAACGACCAAAAAUACCUUCUCACCUCUCUCUUCGCCCUCGGCUCAUUACCUUGCGUGACCAGCAUCGCCAGACUAAAAGUCUUGGUCGACUGGCUUCACCACGGGGCAAACAACAACGACAUAACAUACACAUUAUGGAAUAUCGUCAUCUGGACGUGA